AUGAGAACAAAAGCAUUCCCGGUGGAGACAAAGCGAUUUCCCUCAGGUCACCACGACCUCAUCCUCUCCCCGGUCGGUGGCCUGCACACCUGCCCGAACCUCCGCCACUGGCCCGAAUCUCCCGCUCCCGGGUCCGAGACCUCCCAGCCCACCGCCUCCCUCCCUCGAGACCCAGGUCUGCGCAACUCCCCCCACCCCCACCGCCCCAGGCUCCCUCCCACCCGCCAGGGCAGCUGGGGCACCGCAGGCUCCGCGCUGAGCGCCGCCGCCGGCCGUUACCCAACUAACCGUUAUGCGCGGCUUGUGGCGCCGAGCGUGUGCGUGACGCGGCGGCGCGGGGCGGAGCUCCUCUGGGCCGCACGCGGCUCCCACUCCCACGCAGCGGGAGCGCUCCACGCGGAGUGUGGCGGGUGGGCGCCGCUCCCUUUUACGCUGCCCCUGCGGGAGCUUGCGCGCGGGGGCGGAGCUGGCUCUUCUGGCCACCGCCCCCUGCCCCCCAGCGCGCCUACACCUGUCCGGCCCCCACGCGGCCGCGACCGCGGAACCCCCAUCCGGCCACAAGUCCCCCGCAUCCUCGCGGUGACUUACACGCGUGCGGGACGCCGGCGCCGGCCUCCCCCUCAGUCUCUGGCAGACAAAAGGGAAAAGCCGCGAAGGACGGAUGGGGCGUACCCCCGGGGUCUCAGGUUUCAUGCUUAUUAUAACCAGUUGAUUUUUGAAAAAGGUGCCAAGACCAUUCAAUGGGAAAAGAAAAGUCUCUUCAACAAGUCAUGCUGGGACAACUGGAUAUCCGUAUGUAAAAGAAUGAAGUUGCACCCCUACUUCACACCAUAUACAAAAAUCAACUCAAUGUGGAUUAUCCAACAGCCUGAAAGAUUAUUUUGAGCUGAUUAUUUUGACGAAGAACAGGAACAGACACCGGAGAAACUCCACAAACCGUGGAACUUACUCUUUUGAGCGGGAAAUUUAGAGGAAAUCUCUAAGUGUGUCUCCGUCUCCGCACUGGGAAGAGAAGAUAACUCUUAAGUCUCCAGAGAAGCUUAACCAAUGGAGGGAGCAGUGAUUUAAAUCUGCCUAACAAGCUUUAUCCUUGUUUACCCUGCUUUCCCUGCUAAUCUCCCAUACAGACCUCCCCCCUCUCACCUUUUUGUUCUUUUGUCUUUAGCUGAAGAUGGUAUUUAAGCUUCUGGUUUAGGCCACCUGCGAGGGUUAACUUGUUUUUCUCUUGUCCCAAAUAUACACGAGGUAUACAUGUGAAUAAACUUGUUUUUCUCUG